AUGCCGGAUACGGGCGCUCAUCCGGGUGUGAGGAGCUUGCUCGCCAGGUUCGAAAACAACAACAACAACAACAACAACAACAACAACAACAACAACAAUAACAACAACAGCAACCAGAAUACCACGUCCCCACCCUCCCGCGGUCGAUCUCCCGUCGGUUCUGAGCACUCGGGUUCUAGGCCUCUGUCGAAAGUGCGUGCGAGCUUCAUAGCUGUUGAUGGGGCCACUCAAUCUGGCGCCAUUGCUGGGCUGAGAAGCGCAAGUAGUCGCAGUGACAGCCCUGCUGCUCCCUCGUCGAGGGUGAGGAGUUUCAAUUCAGAUGAUCUGAACGCCCCCUUGAAAAGUCCCUUGUCGUCCCCAAUCAGCAAUGGCUUAGAUAACGAGCAAACCUCGGAUGAGACCAAGUCAGGCGACAUGGUGGAAACAGUGAUCACACAAGUGACCUCUCCCGAAAAGGGUGCAAGGCCUCAGGCCAAGGAAGCAGCGUUCCCUCAUAAGGGAAGCGACCCCACCUCGACCGUCUCUGCUGCGCCAUCUCCGAAGAAGACGCAGACAGUCACUAAGCGCCCAUCCACCAUCCCAGCGGAUAAAGUUUCACCCAGUCGGUCUGCGUCCAAGUCGACGUCUACGACCCUGAAGUCUGCCGCACAUCCGCGAACUCCACCAUCUCCUGCCAAGCCCGACCAUGCUAAGGCCUCUAAGCCGGCACGCUCCCCCAGACCUCCUGCCACUAGGGACUCGCCCAAAGCUCCAAUCACCAAGACAAGCCGUUCGUCUUUAAACACGACAGCCAAGACUGCUACGCGACCUGUUCGCUCUUCCAUGCCGGCACGCGAGGCAACCAAGCCGGCAGCGACGAGUGCAUCUCGCACUAACAAGCCGGAAUCAAGACCGCCAACCAAGUCGGCUCGUCCGCCCGCUUCAGCAACGACAUCAACUCUGUCAUCGGCCACUAGAGGAGGAGCUACUGGAACAACUACCUCUAGCUUGUCCCGAAAGCCGUCGAGCUUGAAGAAUGCGACAAGUGGAAUCCACCGCACGACUACUGCUUCUAGCGUUCGCAAGCAGACAUCCCAACCUUCUCUCCAACGUCAACCAGCACAUGACCGCCCGCAUUCCCGAGUGAGCAACACCAGUUCUAGGGCGGUUGACGAGGGAUUUCUGGCUAGAAUGAUGCGCCCCACCGCUAGUUCUGCCAGCAAAGCUCAUGAAAAGGUUGAAAUGAAGAGUCCACCCCGGCCUUCCCGGGCGACCCGGGCUCCAGUAAGACCAGUUACUUCGAAGACGGAGGCCCACAGCUCGCGCUCUACGAAGGAGAAGAGUGUGGCUAAAAAGCCACAGGAGAAGCCGCAGCCAGUGUCUACUGAGAAAGAAGAACCACAGGCAAAGGCAGUUGAUCCACGGGAGGAUAGUGCACAUGUGGAUGCUACAGAGCAUCAUGCCAAGGUUGCGGACGAGCCUGUUCAAGCCGUGGUUGACUCGGCAGUUGAUACAAUCGAGAAGGAACCCACCGCUGAGAAGCAGUCGGAGAAUUUGCCCGUCGAACUCUCGGUGGCUUCUGAAACCGCACCAGUUAGACCCUCUGAGCUGGAGCAACCUAUCAAAGCCACAGAGGUCUCCGAAGAACAGACUCUCGCUGCUCCAUCAACCCAAGAGCUCACCAUCUCUGCCGACGAGGCGUCAGAUGCCCAGAGCGUUGAGCCCUCUGGGCUUUCUAAUACCGAAGAGACCAAGGAACAAACUGAUGUUGAGUCUCCAGCUGCCACUGCUGAAGAGAUGCCUGUUGAGAAUGUUGCUAAGUUAGAGGUCAAGGCAGACGACGUUGAUGUCGACGUUGGCCACUUGUCUCUUAACUGA